AUGCAAAAAUUCGGGCAAAUAUUGAGUAAAAUUAACCGAAUCCGCCCGGUUGGGUCGGAAAAUCACAGGCUUGUCCGCGAGUUUAUCGAACGUGAGCUCCAUGAGAGAGGCUGGCAAGUUAGUGAAGAUUCGUUUACUGAAUCUACUGUUGUUGGAGAAAGGGUCUUCACCAACAUAAUUGCUAUAAAUAAGCCGGCCGCCUCCCGUCGAAUCAUUCUUGCUUGCCAUUACGAAUCAAAAAAUUUGGAUGGUUUCUUUGGAACCAUUGAUUCUGCAGUUCCCUGUUCCAUCAUCCUGAAUAUUGCCAGUAGCCUCGUCGAUAUCUUCCAAGCCUCCAAAGCCGACAUUGCUGUGAAUUUGAUUUUUUUCGAUGGCGAGGAAGCCUUUAAAGUGUGGACGGAUACAGACUCACUAUACGGCUCUCGUCAUCUUGCUGAAAAAAUGGCUCGCACAAACUCAGAAGGUUGCAGUGACCUUAGCAGGAUUGAUUUAUUUGUUCUCUUGGACCUAGUAGGAGCUGCUGGGCACCCAUUUCCCCAGUAUGUGCACUGCGAUUCACGCAUUUACGACAUGCUUUCCAAAAUAGGCGGUCCGCCGUCUCACCAUUUUCGUAAAAUCGAGUUAAGGAUUUCAAUUUGUGUGUCGCGUAGACUUGGUAUUGUAAUUCCUCGUGUUGUCCCGUUAUGGUGUGCCGCGUCUCACACCCUUACUACCGUCUUUUUAGGUGUUCCAGUUCUCCACUUGAUUCCUGCGCCCUUUCCUCCACAGUGGCAUAAAACGACCGAUACCAUCGAAAAUGUCGACAUGAAAUCAAUACACGAUAUUCAAUUAGUGGUCGCCACCUUCCUAUGUCAAUUCCUUCGAAUUUCACCAAGCCAGAUUCGAAGUUCUCCACAUCUGUUAUAA